UGUCAAUGUCAAAACAAACAAACAUGUUUCCGUGUGCCGAAAAAUUGUGAUUUGUUUAAAAUAAAUAAUAUUUUGCGUAUUGCUAUAAAAAUAUCGUUUAAAUAAAGUGAAAUAAUGCUUCGACGGCAGGCGCGAUUGCGCCGUGAGUAUUUGUACAGAAAAUCGUCGGAGGAAAAACAGAAGAAUAUUCAAGCGAAAAAAGAUCAACUAAAGCGUAGUUUGGAAGAAAACAUUCCGAUACAUGGCGAUUUACGGAAAGAGGCUAUUGCUCUGCAGAAGAGAAUAGAAUAUGAGGAUAAAGGUCCUGAACGAGCAGCAGUGAUAGGUGGUUUCAGUGGUGGUGCAAACACAUUGAACUCACAAGAUGAUGAGUACCGAUAUGCAGGUGUCGAAGACCCUAAGAUUAUGAUUACUACAUCUAGAGAGCCCAGUGCAAGAUUGAAGAUGUUUGUUAAGGAAUUAAGGUUAAUAUUUCCAAACAGUCAACGCAUGAACCGUGGUGGUUAUGAGAUGUCGCAGCUGAUACAUGCAUGUCGUGCCAAUGAUGUCACCGACUUUAUAGUUGUCCACGAACACAGAGGUGUGCCUGAUAGCUUGGUAAUCUGCCACUUACCAUAUGGACCUACAGCUUCGUUCACCCUAUCGGGAGUGGUGAUGCGUCACGACAUUCCUGAUAUCGGACCAAUGAGUGAGCAGUAUCCGCAUCUUAUAUUCCACAAUUUCAAAACUGAUUUGGGUUUAAGGACAAUGAGCAUAUUGAAGUACCUCUUUCCGGUACCGAAGGCGGACUCCAAGAGGGUGAUAACAUUUGCUAACAACGAUGACUAUAUCUGCUUCAGGCAACAUAUAUAUAAAAAGGCUGGAAAGGACUUUGAGCUAUCGGAAAUAGGGCCCCGCUUCCAGAUGAAGCUGUAUGAGAUCAAACUAGGCACGUUGGAGACCCUGGACGCCGCCGACACGGAGUGGGCCCUCCGACCAUACAUCAACACCGCCUCAAAGCAAAGGUUCCUGAGCCAAGAGGACGGCUGGCAGGAAGAAGAAUGAAAAAGAGUAAUAAAGAAGAAGCAAUCUUGAUGUUCAUUUGAUAAUUAAACAAAAAUCUAAAAAGUCA